AGUAGGGACAGGGUCUUUCUUUUGUUCAGGCUGGUUUCAAACUUGUGAGCUCAAGAAAUGCAUCUCCUUCAGCCUCCCAGAGUGCUAGGAUUACAGGCAUGAGCCACUGCGCCUGUUAUUUUUUUUUUAAGGUGGAAAACUACAUGGUUCUAGGCUGGUGGGAGUGUGCUAGCAGGGUGUAAAGUGGACAGUGUUGUGACAGUGGCUAGAGGGGUCGGCUGGGCAAAGCAGGGAUAUCCUCAGGGAGGGAGGCUGGUGGUGCAGGCCCUCCAGUCCCCUUCUGGCAGCUUCCACUUCUUAAGUCAUGGGCUGGGUAGAGGUGGCUAGGGGAGUGGACAAAGAACAAAGUGGCCAUGAGUGAGUGUGGACACUUGGUGUAGUCACUGGGAAGUGCGAUAGGCCUUGAGGCUCAUGGUCAAGAUGGAUAGACUGGUCAGUGUGGCCAGGCUCCUGGCUUUGUUCAAGUGCAGGCUGUGCAAGCAGGAUUGAAGCUGUCUAUCUAAACCCUGUGGCCUCCCAGUAUGAGGGUGGGGGCCCUUCAGGGGCCCUGGGAGAACUGUCAGAGGAGCAGGCCUGUCUUCAGGUGGGCUGAUGGCUGGUCAGCUGCUUCUGGCCAGAGGCCCACCUGCCAGACCCUCUGGGGUCCACAGCCACAUCACGACAUGGGGUGAAGAGUAUAUACCAAAGAACCUGCCCCUCAUGGGUUGAGGGUGGCCCUGGGUACCCUUGCACUCCUUGGAGGCUUCCCUCCCACGUGGCUCAGCUACUGUGCUCCAGGAUUCAUGGCCCAUCUUCACAUGCAUGACUUGUGUCCUCAGCCUCUUCUACACCGAUCCUUCACCUCUCCCCCAGGCCUUGCCCGUGGUGCUGUUUUCCCCAAGACACCCAAACCCUGUUCUCUGCCCUGGGCAGGCAGGGCAUGCCCUGUGGCAGGUGAAGCCCCUGAGGCUUCGAAUCCUGAUGGAGGUCCUCAAGCACCCUGCCCUGCACAGGGAGGGGCUCUGGUUCCUAUGCACAGGGACUGGAGUUUGUGGAGAGGCAGACAGACCCCACACUCUGGUCCAAAAGUCCAUGGUGGACUUUUCCUGUUGGUUGAGUGCAAGGAGGUGAUGAACAGAGUCUGGAAGAAAAUGGGGUAUAGGCAAAGGGGUGGCCAUAGGAGAGGCCACUGGUCAGCUGGGAGGAUGGGUCAGGGCAGGACAGGGAUGGGGGUGGCGGUGGACUCAGCCAGCCAGGGCCUUUGGUGCAGUGCAGCAGGCCUGGCUGGACUGAAAGACUACAGGCACUGAGGACCAUCCAGGCACCAACAAGGCAGUGUGGAGUUAGGGAUGCGGCUGUCCCUUGGUAAGUAGGAUGCCGGAAGGCUCCCAGGUCCAACUCUUGACCCAAGUUCUUUCUAAAUUUGCUCCCCAGUGCUCAGAAGGACCUGAGCCACAUGAAGACAUCCCCAGUUCUAGAACUUCUGUCCUAGUGUGUGCUGUCCUGUCCUGGGCAGGGGGCUCCAAGUUGGGGGACAGAGGAAGGGGCAAGAAAAGGAAAUGAGCCCUGCUCUGAGGCCCCAUUUUGGGGUAGAGGAGGGUAAGAGAAGAGGGGGAGUUGGAAGGCUUCAGACUGGUAGAACCCUGGCUGCCCCUCCACUCUGCCCUGUGGAGGCCGGGUUAGGUGGUGUUCUGGGAUGUGGGGGGGUCCUGGAGGACAGCCUAGUGCAAGGAGUCAGGUAUGGGGGAGGCAUGUGGGAGAAGCCUAGACUGAGCUAGGAGAGUGUGGAGAGCAUAGGACUGAAGAGGGAGGUGAUCUGCCGGCAGGGCAUCUGGGCAAGCCAGCCAGGCCUCCCCCUCUGGGGCCUCCAUCCAGCCCAUGUCCCGCCUGUGCCGCACCCCCUGACGCACUUCCUUUGCAUACAAGCGGAAACCUCCCAGAGCUUCCUCCACUCUGACGCUCCCUGGGGACCCACAGGUGCUGCUGCCCCCUCCAGGCCUCAGCACCCUGGAGGUCCAUACCUUUCCUAGGGGGGGCCGGGCAUUUCCUGUUUCGGGAGCCACAGCGUCUGGAAGGAUCUGGCGCAGGCAGGGGCGGUGGAGCUGCAGCACAAGGUUGCCACCCGACGACUCCUCCAGGAAGCAGGUCAGGCUCCAGAUAAGCUGCACCCCCACACCAGCCCGGCCACUUCCUGAGGACCUGAGAUAUUUGCAUUGGGGCCCGCGGAGGAACCGCUUCCUGGUCAGCGGGCGCUUCCUGGUCAGCGGGUGAGGCCGGGACCAGGCCCUGGCUGUGGGGCAGCACCGGACGCACCCCGCGGGGCUCCCGGGGGUAAGAUCACUCGCGGGAAGGGUUCCAGACGCGUUCCGCGGGGGUAAGGCCCUGGCAGGAGUCCAGAGACCCUCCUCGUCUUCCAGUUGCAGGGAGGGCGACCUGCAUGCAGAACGCCGCGCCUGCGCCAUGGACCGUGGCCAGCCCAGCCCGGAGCCCACGGCCGCGGUCCCCCGAGCUUCAGGUCCCUGCGUAAUCGCGCCGGUGCGCGCUGUGCUCCGCUUGCGCCGCCGGGUGUGCGUCCUCCGCCAGCGGCGCCUCCCGCUUCCCAGCGCGGGGCCGGAGGGGAUUGGGGCGCCCAGGCUGAGCUGCAGCUCCGGGGCACCGCGCUCAAACCUGGACCAGCCACAAUUCUUCACCUUCGACGGCCCAGCGGAGCUAUCCUCGAGGACACCGCGCAAGAGGCGCCGGCGCAGCCGCGUAGUGCUUUACCCGGAGACCUCACGCAAGUAUCGGCCACGCGUGGAGCGCAGGAGCCGCGCACAGCGCUGCCUACUGCUGCUCGUAGCCAUCGUGGGCUUUCAGGUGCUCAACGCGAUUGAGAACCUGGACGAUAACGCCCAGCGUUACGACCUCGACGGGCUGGAGAAAGCGCUGCAGCGUACCGUGUUUGGCCAGCCCGCUGCCGUGGGGCGCGUCGUGGCGCUGAUGCGAGACUACCUGGCCACUCACGUACACGUUCGGCCGCUCCUCCUGGCGUUGCACGGACCCAGUGGCGUGGGCAAGAGCCACGUGGGCCGCCUGCUGGCACGCCACUUCCGCGCAGUGCUGGAGGACAGUGCACUUGUGCUGCAGUACCACACACGGCACCACUGCCCGGAGCAGCGCGCCACGCAGGACUGCCGCGAGGAGCUGGCGCGGCGGGUAGCCGACGUGGUGGCGCGGGCUGAGGCAGAGGAGAAGACCCCGCUUUUGGUGCUGGAUGAGGUGGAGCUCAUGCCACCCGCGCUGCUGGACGAGUUGCACGGCUUCUUGCAGCCGCAGCGCUCCCACCAUUUCCACAAUGCGAUCUACGUGCUCCUCAGUGGCGCCGGAGGCGCCGAGAUCACGCGCUUCGUGCUGCAGAACGCGUCUCGCACGCUUUCCUUGCGCCCCGACGGCGCCCAGGCCGCAGCGGCACAGGCGGAGGAGGACCUGCGUGCCAGCCUGCGGGCGCUCCUAGCCAACGAGCACCCUCUGUGGCAGGCUGCGGCCGUCGUGCCCUUCCUGCUGCUGGAUAAACGGGACGUGGUUAACUGCUUCCGGGACGAGAUGGCCGGCGAGGGAUUCUUUCCGGAGCAGGCCCGCGCUGAGCACCUGGCCGCGCAGCUCAGCUACUACCGUGUUGCUGGCCGCGAGUUCGCUAUCACCGGCUGCAAGCCGGUGGUGGCCAGGGUGAAUCUCCUGUAG